AUGCAACAAGAAGGAGAAACCUCUGAUACUUCAUUUACUAGUACCAUGACACUUACCAAAAUGGGACUAUCAAAUGUCCCUCAACGAUUCAUCUUGCCUCCAUCACAGCGUCCAAACUCUGGCCAUGGUCAUCACUCCACCACCAACUUGCCCAUCAUCGAUCUUUCCAACCUAAACAACCCGUCUCAUAGAGCUCGAACUAUUGAUGACAUAAGCGCAGCCUGCAAGAAAUUAGGCUUCUUCCAGGUGAUUAAUCAUGGAAUAUCAACUUUAACCAUGAAUGAUGCUAUAGAUGUUGCAAGAGAGUUCUUUAACCUGCCUAGUGAUGAGAAAAUGCACCUUGCUUCAGCUAAUGUUCAUAAUCCCGUAAGGUAUGGAACAAGCCUCAAUCAUAUGAAAGAUAAAGUCCAUUUUUGGAGAGAUUUCAUCAAGCAUUAUUCUCAUCCUAUAGAAAAGUGGAUUGAGCAAUGGCCUUCUAAUCCCCCUAGCUACAAAAAAAAGAUGGGAGAAUACACAAAAGCAACAUACUUAUUACAAAAGCAACUCAUGCAAGUAGUUUUCCAAAGCUUAGGGUUAAACCCAACAUACUUGCAAGAAGAUAUUGAUGGAGGCUCGCAAGUUAUGGCAGUCAACUACUACCCAGCUUGUCCACAACCGGAGCUUGCACUAGGAAUGCCACCGCAUUCAGAUUUUGGAUCGCUCACGAUCAUAAAUCAAAGCCAAGAAGGGUUGGAAAUCAUGGAUCGUGAUAAGAAGUGGCAUCCUGUUCCUUUGGUUGAAGGAGCUUUAGUAGUGCAAUUGGGAGAUCAGAUGGAAAUAAUGAGCAAUGGUAAAUACAAAAGUGUUAUACAUCGGGCAACUGUCAAUGCUGAGAACAAACGCAUUUCUAUUGCUAGUCUUCAUAGCUUAUCUUUAGACAAAGGAGUAGUACCUGCACCAGAACUAGUGGAUGAACAACAUCCUAUUUCAUACAAUGAAGGGAGCUUUAGUGACUUUCUCUCUUACAUCUCAGGUAAUGAUAUAACGGAAGGAAGAUACAUAGACACCCUGAAGAAGUAA